UUGGCAAUGUUUAUAGUAACGUUACACUACAGAGACAGAAAGUGGCAUCUUCAUGUCUAUGUUCUGGUCUAUGAUCGGUGAAGAACUGGUGUCAGGAGCUAAAUCGUAGCUGUUACCUGCUGGCAGAUGUGGAGAGGUAUCCCCUCUAAAUGACUGAGAUCGGCAACCUCAAUGCUUGUUGUUGCUCUUGAACUGUUAGCUGUCAUCCAUCCAUCCAUUGAUCCAGCCACCGCUGCUGACAACGCAGCCACGUCCGGACUCAGCGCAAAGGGGGGGCUAGUCUGCUAGCUCUAAAAAAACAGGAAUCGAGAGGGGGAUCGUGAACCACACUGCUGCAAACAGUCCCAAAGGAUAUGAACUUCCUGAGAUGUAACUUAGAGGCUAACUGCUCUUGUGGACAGUAAAAACCUUAUAAUGGUAGCAGCACCUCCUACCUGAAGGAACAAUUGUUUACCCCUCAGUUCCUGUCCUACAGGAAUUCAGAGCUAGCCAGUUGAGAACCGGUUUACCCCACAUGAAUGACUACUUAAUACUGACUUUGCGUUACUUAUCCACUCUGUAGCUGCCUCCUCUGUGGUUUUUGCCCCCACAAAGAACUACCUUUGUUGACAAAAGGUGGUGACAACUCCCUAUUUGUAAUCAGUUUUCCUGCUCACACUCACUGUCAUCUCCCUAUUGCUGGACAUCCUGCUAAAAUGACUGCAGAGUGGGGUGAGAAAUCCUCAGCGGACCUCAUGAGUAGGUAUGUCUCCAAGGACAUGGGAUACAGAGUGCCCAAGGAGGGUUGGCGCAUCUGUCUGGCACAUGAGUUCAAAGAGAAGAGAAAGCCCUUCCAAGCAAAAGAUGUCUCGCUGUCCAACGUCUUGGAGCAUGUUGGCCUUGGAAUCAGGUAUCUAAAAUGGUGGUACAAGAAGACCCAGGUAGAAAAGAAAGCUCCAUUCAUUGACAUGUUUCGUGCCCAACCCCUGCGUCAAAUAUAUGGGGCUCCACUUGGCGGUAUAGGAGGAGGAACCAUCACGAGAGGUUGGCGGGGGGAAUUCUGCAGAUGGCAACUUAACCCUGGGAUGUACCACUACAAAACUAUGACAGCAAACCAGUUCACAGUGUGCUUGCGUCGCGGGGGCCAAACUGUUUACCAGCAGGUGCUAUCUGUAGAGCGUCCUCCCACAUUACAAGGCUGGAACUGGGGCUACUGCGGAGAGUAUGCCUUCUAUCAUGCCUUGUACCCUCGCGCCUGGACAGUCUACCACCUGCCGGGACAGAAUGUCACCUUAACCUGCAGACAGAUUUCCCCAGUCAUCCCCCACGACUACCAGGACUCUAGUCUCCCAGUGGCAGUAUUUGUGUGGGACAUAGAGAACAAGAAUGACUACGCUCUGGACGUCUCCAUCAUGUUCACCAUGGUCAACGGGUCGGGACACAAGGACGACAAGAGCGGGGGACACUGGAAUGAACCAUUCCACCUGGAGAAGGAGGGGGAGGCGGUGUCUGGGGUCUUGCUACAUCACUGUGCUACAGUGAACCCUUACACUCUGUGCAUCGCAGCCCGAGAAAAGCCUGACAGGGAGGUGAGCCACCAGACAGCAUUCAGCCCAAAGGGAACCUGCAGCGGACUGUGGAGUGACCUCCUCAAUGACGGACGACUGGAUUCUCCUACAGGAUCCAGCCCACUGACGGCUAAGGGAGAGAAGGUGGCGGCAGCGUUGGCUGUGGGCUGCUCAGUGCUGGCUCAAAGUCAUAACAGCCUGGAGUUCUGCCUAGCCUGGGACAUGCCAAAAAUCACCUUCGGCUCUAGGGAGAGGGAACACAUCAGGUAA